AUGGCGCGAGGUAAUUCCCGCGCUUAACUGCUCCUUUUCCUCCGCCAGAAAGCUUAUAAUGAGCGCAUCAAGAAAGAGGGGCAGGAAGAACGCGAUCGGAUGGCAACCAGAAAAGCCAAUUUGAAAAAAGAGUACGAAGAGCAAAUUCGACGGCGUCGCGCCAUUUUGCAAGAUCGCAACAAGAAUGAGGAGACAGUUAAACAAGCUUAUGUGCUUGUUGAUCAACCCCUACCAGACAAUAGUCUCCAGAGAAAGGUUCAAAAACAAAAAGAAGUUAUGGGUUUUCUGGACUACGUGCGCGACUUCCAGACAGAACAGCAGAAACGGAAUGCAGAGGUAGAUCGCCUCAUCGAGGAAGAAGCCAGGAAGGAGAUGGCCAAACAGCAAGAGAUCCGCAAUUUACAGGCACGCGCACAAAAAAUCCGCAAUGAGGAAACAAAGGCUGCACUUUUGGAGCAAAUACGGGCUAAAGAGGCACGGCUGGCUUGCCAAGACAAUCAGGCAUAUGACCUAGAUAGGUGCUUCCUCAAUAAAUUGUUCGACGCGGAUGAUCUUCGGCAGAGGUAUACAAAAGCGCUGCAAAACCAAUAUAGUCAUAAGACACAAACUAAGGAAACAAAGUCAGCCAUGAAUAUACCGGACUUACAGACAUUUCUAGACGAGACGGAGAUGCACGCGAAGUCUCAGAAAUGGCGAAAGGUUGGAGCUGUUGCGACGCAUGUUCUUCCUCGGUGCGAUGGUCUUACGCCGCUUCAGUAA